CAAAAGGGUGAUUUGGUGUCUUAUACCCUGCCAGUGCCCACAUCGCAUAACUCCGAGACACCCAGAACUCCUCAAAGAUGGACGUGACUGAAGUGCUAACGCUUCUUGACGCCAUUGACAGCAACGAAAGCGACUCCAGCUCUGCUACAUCGUUCGUUGAGAGCGAGCAUGGCAGCGAUGGUGUUCCAAAUUCUUUACCUCGGCAACCGCAAUUGAAGGCAAAAAAGGACCGCAGGCGGAAGGAAGGACCUGUGAGGUACACAACAAGUCUCCAGCGUCGCAAGAAGGCAGAGCUGAACGCUCUGAGAGAAGAAGCACAGCAGCUUAACGCUCAGUUGGACAGACUGGUGCGAUCUCGUAUUAGCCGCAUCGGAAUGGUAUCAACACAAAACCCAAAUCCCAAUACAUGGCGCAGUCUUGCUAUGAUCGAGAGUGAGGGGCGUGAGCGAGCUGAACGCACCAACCGAGAGCUGAAGGCAAUCAUGGCAAACCAGGUCAAGGUGUAUGCUUCGAUUCGCAAAAUACUCGGACGAAAUGAUUUGCUGCAGGGAAUGGAUCUUGUAUUCGAGGCCCAGCCAACGUCUGACCGACCUCUGCAACAGCUCGAUUUCAGCGAUGCCAUUCUGGCUGAACUGUCAAACAGCUUGGGGGGAUUGCGCUUACAAGCGAACAAUGUACUGCCAGCCCUGGAGAUGAAGCCCUCAAUCAUCUGCAGUAGUCAGGUCAAGCAGCUCCAAACUGGUGGCAACUGCGUCGAGACGACGUCGAUCACUCCACUGACAUGUCCGAUUCAGGAAGCGGCUACAAUUCUGUGGCAUCAUAUCACGACGAAGAAGAACAAGGACACCCAGAAGUCGUUCCGCUUCGUCCGAACAAGAAAUCCCAAUUCGGUUGAGAGGAAUUGCAUGGCUUCACUUCCUGAUGGGAACAACUUGCUCGUAAAUCUCGACGGCGUGAAUAUUGUUCGCAUGUACGAAGAAGGGAAUCAAAUCGUCCUCGUCGGAUCAACGACCUGGUUCCUGCCGACAGGGGGUCUUGAAUUUGAGGAUCACCACUGGACGAUCAUUUCGCCAUCUCCAAGGAACCCGCAGCACUCUUCCGUGGUUCGCAGUUGUUACCAGCUACAAGUAAAACGGCUGGAUUCAGCAUCAGUUCUACCAGUGGACUUUGCGCACGUUGAGGAAGUGGUAAUGAAGUCAAUUGGGGGGAAGCUACGAAACGUGCUUCAAUUGCAGCAAAAUGUGCUGCUGGAAAAAGCUGACCCUAUCAUUAGUAGUGCGGAAGUUUAGGAAUAUUUGUACGUGAAGUACAUAAUAAUGAGAACUAAUACAAGACCUCUUCUUUAGGUAAUAA